UCUGUCAGUAACACAUGUGUAAGAGCCGCGGAGGGAGCGAGCGAGCCGGCUAGAGGCCAGCGCUGCCGCCGCCGCCGCCGCCGCCUCCGAGCCGGGCAGCUGCAGCCCCGGCAGCGGCGCAGUCUCCAGCGCGCCGGGCCGCGGCCGCCCGCAGCCCCCGACUCCAGGCGCGCCCGCCUGCCGGCCUCCUCACCGGCCGCGGCCGCUCUCGGAUCUUGUUUUUGCGGCUGCUCCACGGCCGGCAGUGCUUGGCCGAGCCGCCGCCGCCGCCGGCCCCGAGCGAACGAGCGAGCGGGCGCGCGGGAGGGAGGAAGGCGGCGGAGGAGGAGGAGCGGGAGGCGCGCGGGCGGGGGCGGGGGCCGCCGGGCGGGGGCAUAUACAAAGUGAAGCCACAUUGCCAAACUUGCAGCAGCGAUUGCAGCAGUUGCUGCCGCUGCGCCGCGCCUGAAGCCGCGCCGCGCGGGCCGAGGGCUCCUGCAGCUGCUCGCGCGCAGCCGGAGGCGGAGGAGAGGACGAGGACUGGGACUGACACUUCUGCUGCCGGCCGCCGGCCACUUACGCGGCGCCCCCCAACCCGCCCCAGAGCAACGCGAUUAAAAAAAAAAAAGCAGCCCUUAGCCCCCUCCUCCCCUUUCCUGCUUCUGCGAGAACUCGCUCCCUCCCUCCAGCUCCGCCAGCCAAGGCGCCCCUUCCUUGGAAGCCGAGCGGCUUCGCUCGAAUUUCGCCGCCGCCGCCUCUCGCAAUAUUGCAAUAUAGGGGAAAAGCAGACCAUGGUGAAUCCGGGCAGCAGCUCGCAGCCGCCCCCGGUGACGGCCGGCUCCCUCUCCUGGAAGCGGUGCGCAGGCUGCGGGGGCAAGAUUGCGGACCGCUUUCUGCUCUAUGCCAUGGACAGCUAUUGGCACAGCCGGUGCCUCAAGUGCUCCUGCUGCCAGGCGCAGCUGGGAGACAUCGGCACGUCUUGUUACACCAAGAGCGGCAUGAUCCUUUGCAGAAAUGACUACAUUAGGUUAUUUGGGAAUAGCGGUGCUUGCAGCGCUUGCGGACAGUCAAUUCCUGCGAGUGAGCUCGUCAUGAGGGCGCAAGGCAAUGUGUAUCAUCUUAAGUGUUUUACAUGCUCUACCUGCCGGAAUCGCCUGGUCCCGGGAGAUCGGUUUCACUACAUCAAUGGCAGUUUAUUUUGUGAACAUGAUAGACCUACAGCUCUCAUCAAUGGCCAUUUGAAUUCACUUCAGAGCAAUCCACUACUGCCAGACCAGAAGGUCUGCUAAAAGGUCAGAGUAAUGCAGAAUGCGUGCCUUCAUCUCAGAUUUUGUUCAUCACAGGUGGAUCCCAUGUGUCUUCAGUAGACAAGUCACCUUUGUAGCUAGCACCAGUGCCAGCUCCAUGCCAUUGCACCUUCUUUAGUCUUGAUUGCCCUUCCCGCAUUUAUUGGUGUAUUAAAAUGACUGAAUAUGAACAUUAAGGACUCCAUGAACCUGGGCUAAUGGGAGACUGUAGAGAAAAUGAAAAAAGAUCCACCGCAGGGGAUCUUUGGGGGGGGGGGGGAGCUUGGGGGGAGGGAAAUGACUAAUGAAGCUAAUUAAAAGAAGCAUUCAAAUCUGCUUUCUACCCUCAUUAACAAUUAGCAGGGCACUGGCCAGAGUUUGUACCCUGUGUUUUACCUUAACAACAUUCUAUUUGCUCUUUGUAUAUUUAAGUGUUGUAAGGAAACGUGUUUCAAUCAAAACUGAACAUGAGAUAAGGAAAGAGAUGUGGCUUUUGUGAUAAUUCUAUCACAAACACUUUUAUUGUAUCUCUGUAAAAUACAAUGUAUGUAUGCAUGUAAGUGUUUUUGUCCUAAUGUUGCUACUCCCAUGGCAAAGAUUUAAAAAAAAAAAAAAAAGAAUGAAAAAGGAAAAAAAAUUGGAAAAAAAAAUCAGGCUCAUAGCAGCUACUGUGUAGAAAUUUCCCCUUACUUCUAAUUUGCUGAAUGAAGAAAAAAAAUCUUUUAUUUGUGAUAUUUUCAGAGACAUUUGCUCUAGUAUGGUGUAUUUAAAUAAUAAAAACUUAAAAGAAAAAAAUA